CCUACUAUUGACACUGCUGCUAAUACUACUGCGAGUGUUAUUUCUUGAAUUUUUCAUUUAUUUCACUGGAUAAAAACCACAAUGUCUACUGAUCUCGGUGCUAGUUUUAAUGAACAAUAUAUGAACAUAAACACGAAACUGAAAAAGCGUUUUAUGCGGAAACCGAAUAUAUCUGAGGCGACAAAUGAGUUUAUAGCACUGGCGAUACAGUGUGAACAUUCUGAGCAACCAGCGUUUGCGGGACACGCAUAUGUGGGGGCUGCGAAAUGCGAGGCGAGCGCGGGAAACUUCCUCGGUGAGGCGGAGCACUACCUCUCUGCGGCCAGACAGUUCAUGAAGGCGGAAAAGAAGCUGAAAGUCCUGAAGUUUCACAGUCCUGACAGGGAGAAUCUUGAGGCAGCCAUAGGUUGCUUCAUGCAAGCUUUGAGCAAGUAUCCAGAAAGGUCUCCAAUCCGCACAUCAAUACUGAUGGAGCUAGCUGAUGGCUUAGUGUCCCUGAACCACAAGUUGGAGGCCGUAUCAUACUACGAACAGGCCUUGGAGUUGGUUGAGGAUAAGACCAGGAAGCUCAUGUUCUUGAGGAAUCUGUUAAACUUGCAGAUGGACUGUGGCAAGUUUGAUAUAGCCCUGGAGACAGCAAACACAAUGUGUGAUUUACAUCCGAAUAUACCAGAGGACAUUCUCUCAGAAGUACAAAUAAACAGAGUGCUACUGACCCUAGUGGUGGAGCCAGCGGAAGAAGACAGGCCAGUUUCCCUAAUGCAGUUGUUCACCAAUUUACUAAGUGACAAUGAAAGUGAUGCAAUACCGUUCAAUACGGACGUGCAACUGAAACUCCAGUCCAUCGUGCUGUCGUGUGCGACUGGCGACGUGUCUUCACUCAUCAGCGUGGCUGCCGACACCAGGCAGUACCUCACCACGCAGCAGAAUGAUCUCCUUGAUGCUCUACUUAAAGAGAAGAGAGACCAACAUUUGUCCUUAGUUUAGAUUUAGACUUGACUGAGAUAUGAUUUUUGGUUUGGAUUUUUUUGUGAGACUGUCCUUCGUUUGGUAAGGACAUUACAGGCUUGAAUCACCUGAUUGUCUGAAAAAGUAAGAUUCCGUGCUUCGGAAGGUAGCUAAGCCGUUGGUCCCGGGCUACUAGCGCAAACACCUCCACCGACCCGCAGUGGAGUAGCGUGGUGAUAUGUUCCAUAGCCCUUACGGUUGAUUUAGGGGAAGCCUGUGCCCAGCAGUGGGACGUGUAUAGGCUGUUUGUGUGCUGUUAUUAUUUUCGGGGCGUAUUUUUGCAAAUCUGGCUACCCUCAUAGACGAUUUGAUUCAGGCGAAAAGAUGAUCCUAAUAAAAGACGACCGAUAGGGUCAAACUACAUUUGCUAGCACGUUAUUACACUUUACAAAACUUCUAUCAGCAAUAGCAUGCGUGCUUACUCGCGCUAUGUAGUGCUGGCAGAUAUGGUUCGACCCUAAUGCGCAAUUACGCUCUCUGAAAUGAUGUAUAAAUUAUGUGCGAAUUCAAUAUAAAUCGUGAAGGUGUUGCAUAGAGACUAGUACAAGGUUGUUUAAUUAACGAAAUAUUUUACAAGACACUCAUAGAAAAUAUGUUCUUUUUUUCUAAAUUUUUGUCAAGAUCUAGAUAAAUGAUCUGAUGGUAGAUCACGGAAUAGAAGAGGUUGAAAGGGCCAAGAGAGCGCGCCAUGUGUCCCAUACAAGAAUGAGCAAAUAUUUCAUAGUUCAACUUUGCAUUUCACUCGUCCGCAAAUUUCACGACACACGGAGCUCUUAUGUAAUACAACAUUCAGUAAACGCAUUAAUGUCACAGUAUUCUUGUUAAGUAAUUUAUUUAUUUUCGAAUGAAAUGAUUCUAAAACGUUGGUUGUUCGAUGGCGCUCACCGAAAACGCUAAAUACUACAGGGGAAUGUAUUUUCAACCAAAACGUUUCGAUGUAGUUUAUAAACUUUUCCAUUCGUUUCAAACUGUGACAUUCUGAUUUUAUAUAAUGAAAUCCUGGUAACACCUCAUCAAGAGGUAGUAGUGGUAAGGCGGCAGUGAGAGCUACUAUUCUCCUUUCAGGUUUAUUUUGCGUAUUCUUCAGGGAUUUCGCCUUUUUCCAAAUAUUGCGCACCCAAUGAUAAUAACAACCUUUUAAAGUAACGUUAGGGAAUACUUUUAAAAUUGCGUUCAUUGCCGCUAUUUCAUAAUCACUGUGAACUUUAUAAUCAUAGAUAAAUAACCAUACGAGUACUUUGUCACAUCAUUAUGGUGGUAUGGUUUGGGACCCACCCUACCACCAGGGGUAGGGCUAGUGGUAUGGUGGGUCCGCAAUGCACGAAAAUAAUAUUAAAAAUGUCGUCUUAUGCAUUGUAACCUUCAGGACAAGGCUAUCAAUCACAGGAAAGCUGAAAACCUUCUCGAAAAAAUACUUUUUUUUUGUAUGAAAAGAAAUGUUUAAAAUUGCAGCCUAUCACAUAAAAUAUACAUUGCCGGUAAAGUUGCUGUGGAAUUUGAGAAGCAGUAGAGCUAUCGUAGUUAUCCGUUUGCAGUAGUAGUACAAGAGAGUGGAGUUGAACCGGCGACAAUAGUUCUCAAUAGCACACAUUAGGGCAUUUCCAAUCUUUCUCUUUUUCCAUGAGGUGGAUAAUAAAAAGAACUGCUUAUCAUUCCGUUACAUAAUUUAAAGAGACUUCCUUUUCAAAGGUCUAGUCAACACUUUGUCUUACAAAGUUAUUAAUUUAAGUUUUUAAUAUUAUGGUUCUUAUAAAAAUACAAAGAAAUAAAAUAAUCAAAGUACA